UGUGCGCAGCACUGAAAACUGUCUUGGGUAGUCGCUGCUCAACCCAGAAGUGGCCCGAUUUCUGCUGGGAGGAGCUCAGAGGCGCUGCCAAAGCUCCCGCCUCAGAGCGAGUGAUGGAGCACCUCCCCUCGCGAGCGAACUGAGGGUCGUUCAGAAGGGGCCGGUGGAGACUGUGGUUCCGCGCAAGCCCAACAAGCCUCCCUUGGCGCAGGUAUUUCCCCGAAGGCUCUGGCGACCCUGGAGCCCCCUACAUUUCCUUAGCACGUGUAUGCUCGAGGGAUUUCCUCGCUGUGUGCCCGCCUCCCGCCCCCAGCCACCGGAGACAACAUGUAGGUUUCCGGUGCGACCUCGACCUCUGAGCCGGGCUUCCUAGCAACUGUGCCUCCUAGCAACUGUGCCUCCCAGCAACCGUGCUUCCUAGCAACCGGACGCCAGCCACACCCGGGGAGAGUCCAAGCCAUAAUGGAUCAGGCCGUCAUCAGCAUCCCCCGCAACGCAGUGUUGAGAGAAAACCUGAGGCGUGGAGAUCUGCGAGUCAUGGCCUCGAAAUCAGUGCGGAAGAGUUCAUCUUUUGAAAGAGAAGGAUGGUGGAGAGAAACAUUAACAAAUACUCCUAUACCUGGCACUUACCACUUGAAAACUUUUAUUGAAGAAUCCCUAUUAAACCCAGUGGUAGCAACCUACAAUUUUAAAAAUGAAGGAAGGAAAAAGCCACCUCUUGUGCAAAGAAACAACCCAGUCGUAAACGAUCUUCCACUGUACAAGCCUGCCGACUUCCUGGACCUGUUAAAGAAGCAAGUGGCCACAUACUCAUUCAAAGACCAGCCCCGGCCGAGCCCCAGCACCCUAGUUUACAAAGAUAAGUCACUUCGGCUUUCCCCAGGGCAGUAUGAGGUUCUUCCUAAACCAGUUCCCAAGUACCCUUCCAAAGACUACGUAUUUCGUUCUGCAGUUCAAAGAUUCCCAACCACCUUCUUCAUUCCUGAUCUGCACGGCGUCGACAGCGUUUGCAGAGAAGCAGCCCAGCCUAGUGUCUGGCCCAGAGGAGGGCUCGGCCACAGGGGCUGCUGUUAAUGUUGUUGUUAUUUUAAUAUUUCUCUGGAAAGCUCAAGGUACAGACAGCCUUGCGCAAGGAGGAGGCCCAGAAGCCAGGCUUCUCUGCUUUCUCCUCAGGAAGGUCUUCGCUACUCACCUGUUCAGAAUUCUCAGGCUCCCUGCUUGCGUUUAUUUUUCCCCGUGGCAUCCCUCGCUGUCUGACCCACUACACUGUACAGUUUGUCUCUCCUGUUUUUAUCUGUCUCCCCUCAUGGAAUGUAAGCAGCAUGAGAUCCCUGUCCUUUUUGUCCCGUGUUCCCAGCACCUAGAGUGUGGCUGGCACAUAGUAUUAGUCAGUUAGCUACUUAAUAAAAUCAGCAGAGAUAUUCAAUAGAUCAUUGUGUUAACUAAAAGAGAGUGUCUCUAGUUUCUUUUCUUCCAAAAUGUCAAAUAUUCUUUCUGUUUUUAAAGUUUGCCAAAUGCAUGUACAGGAGUUAUGACAAAAAUGAACUCUUCUUGGUCAGUAGCUAACAAGUAGGGCAUC